AUGUCGGUCGAUAUUGGAUGGGAAGCCAUCACUUCAGGCCCGGAUGGCGUCGCCCUUGCUGAGAAGGUUCGAGCCUUCGUCCACCAGAAAUUCCAGCAGAUCCCACUCCCUCGCUUCAUCAAUGCGGUCUAUGUCCAUUCGUUUGAAUUCGGAAGAACAGCUCCGGAGAUCGAGAUCAAAGAUAUUUGCGACCCCUUGCCUGACUUCUACGACGACGAGGACGGAGACGGCGCUCGUGAACAUUCCACCGUACCUGCCCCGGAUUCAGCAAGCGGAGCUAUGCAACCGGCCAACUAUCAUCACUCAAACCCAGCAUUCCCUUCUUCUUACCAGCCAUCACAUGGGGCGCAAUUAUCCAAUAUACUCACGGGUCCCGACCGUUCUGAUGGACAGAUUCCCACAUCUACCAAAGAGUUUCUUAGCACAAGCGCUAACCCUCUCGCCGACCCAUUCCCUCGAAGUGCCACCCCUGGAAUACCAGGAGGCACCUCCAAUCUCAGCUACCUUCACUUUCCCGGCGGUGGCCUUUCUGGAACUCAGACUCCGCUCGCGGCAGUUGCAAGCGGCACUCCUUUCAGUCCCCGGCGGUGGUCUCACAAUGUGGCGCACUCAUUUAUGACACCGGACCACGCAGCUCCAUCGACACCAAUACAAACGCGGCAAUUGGUUCGGGAAGCUGCCGGUCAUGAUGACCCUUCCACCAGGCCUUCCACCGCAAACAGCAUUUCAUCUCCACACGAAUCCGAUUCUGGACUAUCAUCACCUAGGCUGCCGCAGAGCUCCUAUCCCGAAAAUGGUGGAGACGGUCCUGCUGUUGAGGUGAUGACUCCACUAUCUCCGUUGAGGCUUCAAAGCAGAAAUCCAUCAGACCUUCAGGUGGUCGCAAGGGUGAAAUAUUCUGGGGACGUGCGGAUGACCCUCACGGCCGACAUUCUCCUCGAUUACCCCAUGCCAAGUUUUGUUGGUAUCCCUCUUAGGUUGGCCAUCACCGGCAUGACCUUUGACGGCGUUGCGAUAGUGGCAUGGAUCAAAAGGAAGGUGCACUUCUGUUUCUUGGAUCCUGAAGAUGCCUCUGCUCUAGUAGGAGACACCGACUCAGUUGGCCCAACCGGAGAGAAGGGUAGCAUAGAUGCUUCGAGAUCUACAUUGCUGGGCUUGUUGCGAGAAAUCCACGUGGAAAGUGAGAUUGGACGACAAGAAGAUGGUAAACAAGCUCUGAAAAAUGUGGGAAAAGUAGAAAAAUUCGUCCUCGAACAGGUCAGAAAGAUCUUCGAGGAAGAGUUCGUCUUCCCUAGUUACUGGACUUUCCUGGUAUGA